UAUUGCAAACAUUGUCAGGCGAUGUACUAUUUAUUUUCAUGCCGAGUUCGGAGACUCCCUACAGCGUGAAAAUACACAAUACUCUAACGAUUGAAGAAGCAAUCUGGUAUUGGGCUCGAACCAAGUUCACGGCAUAAAUCACCAGGGGAAUUCGUCAGGAGCAGGGUUGAUUUUACGACCGAAUAGUUCACUCGGGUAGACGUCAAGAAGAGAAACCCACCGGAAAGUCUGUAAGAUGGAAGACCUACCCAACGGUAAUGUGGAAGAAUUCGGAAAAUCUGACGGUUACAACGCGAAUAUUUCACAAGAAAAUCUCACCGAUGUAAAACCCAAGUUUACCACAGGAAGACCGACUGUAUGGCUGGUAAUUUCUGUCAUCGCCGUGACUUUCGGGAGCUCGGCCCAGUACGGGUACGGUAUUGGCGUUCUCACCGGUCCAUCUUUGAUGAUGCAAGAUUUCUACAACCAGUCUAACUAUGACAGGAAUGGUGUACCUUUGAGUGAUACCGGUGUCCUUUGGCUUUGGUCUACUACGGUGUCAGUAUGGUGUAUUGGCGGUGCUCUCGGUGCCAUGGUUGGUGGCUACCUUAGUGAUGGACUUGGAAGGAAAGGAGCAUUGCUGAUGAUCAAUAUCUUCUCCCUAGUAGCUGCGGUUCUCUUUGGCUUCGCUGAGAUGGCUAACUCUUAUGAAAUGGUCAUUAUUGGCAGGCUUAUUCAUGGCUUUUAUGUUGGUAAGGAAUGGUGUAUAGUGAAUAUUAUAAAAUGGUGAUUUGAAUCCUAAUCA